AACCGAAUACAUCAUAAGAUAGGGACAGCUAAUAUUUUCUUUCAAUGUUCUCUGUCCAUCCGAUAAUGUUUCGGACCUUGUUCACGGGGAUGAAUCAUUAUCAUCUGUUACAUGUAUUAACACAGGAGUAGGAAACUGACGAACUGUAACACGCAGUCGUUUUUGUUUCUAGGAACUAUAGGAGUUGUGAAUUGCUGAUGAAAUGGCUGCUUGUACAAAAAACUUACUGCUUUUGUCAACAUCAACUGUUCAUGGAACAGAAUACCUGCAGUAUGCUUCUGAACAUAUAAAGAUCUUCUUAUCAAAGUGGAAUGUGUCAAACAUACUAUUCAUUCCCUAUGCAUUAAAAGAUUAUGAUGCCUACACUAACAAAGCAAGGAAAGCAUUAGAAACUUUUGGCUUCAAAGUUAAAGGUAUUCAUGAAAUGGACAAUCCUGUAUCAGCAGUAGCCAAGGCAGAGGCUGUGUUUAUAGGAGGAGGAAAUACCUUUCAGCUACUAAAGAGCCUAUAUGACAACAAAAUUGUGGAACCUAUUCAACAAAGAGUGUUAAAGGAUGGGAUGCCUUACAUAGGAAGUAGUGCUGGAACAAAUGUUGCUACUGUCAGCAUUUGCACAACAAAUGAUAUGCCUAUAGUGUAUCCACCAACUUUCCAGGCACUUUCACUUGUACCUUUUAAUAUCAAUCCACAUUAUUUGGACCCUGACCCUUCUUCCAAGCACAUGGGGGAGACACGUGAGGAGCGAAUCAGACAGUAUCAUGAAAUUUCUGGAAUGCCACCUGUCCUAGGAAUGAGAGAGGGGUGUAUUUUGCAUGUGGAAGGCAAUAAAGCUGUUCUUAAGGGAUUAUGUGGAGCAAAAUUAUUUAGUCCUGCAAAGCAGCCUAAAGAACUGGAUGUUGGAGCAGACGUUAGUUUCCUGCUGCAAAUUUAAGUUUAUUCUUCAGCUCUUUACCCCUCUUAUCAGUGCAGGAACUGUAAAGGAAAUGUUAAUGGAGAAGAUAAGGAUAUCUACUUGCACCAAUUAACAACACGAUUAUAAUAAUAAAUGUCUUGGUGGAGAACCAUGUUAUUUUA